CAUCUAAAGAAGACUGUUCCUUGGGAAGACUUGUAAAUGAUGAACACAGAAAUCCUACUUGCAAAAUGAGAACCCUUGAAGUGAGCAGUAAACCUCACCUGUGUCUCUUUGCUGUGCGAGACAUUCUACCAGGAGAAGAAAUCACCUACAAUUACGGAGACUCAGACUGGCCAUGGCGAGUCAAGCCUUUGAAUCAAGCAUCAACUGAAUCCUCUGAUAAAAAGCCAUCCAUCAGUUUGGGUCCGCAGAGAUCGCCCCAUUGUGCUGCUCCUGUUUCUUCACCUGGAUUGGACGAGGUGAACAGCAGUGGUCCACAUAAGCAGUCAGGCAAAGCAAGAACAUCAAGAAAAACGAAGCGGUUUCAAUCAAGACUGGCAAAAUUAAGAAAACAUCAUGAAGAUUGCUAUGAACGUUUUAACAGAGCAGAAACUGAAAAGGAACGCAAUAAGAUUGCUAAAUCAUCCUUAGUCGCGUCCGCAACUGAUGCAUCCUCUUCAUCACCACCCUGUGCUGUGUCCACCUCUGUAAUGACCUCAUCAACGUCACCACCUCCUGCACCACCAACGUCACCUGCGCAGCCCUCGUCGUCCUCAUCCUCGCCUGCGCAGCCCUCGUCGUCCUCAUCCUCGCCUGCGCAGCCCUCGUCGUCCUCAUCCUCGCCUGCGCAGCCCUCGUCGUCCUCAUCCUCGCCUGCGCAGCUCUCGUCGACCUCCUCCUUGCCUGCGCAGCCCUCGUCGUCCUCAUCCUCGCCUGCGCAGCCCUCGUCGUCCUCAUCCUCGCCUGCGCAGCCCUCAUCAUCCUCAUCCAGCCCAGCACAGCCUCCAUCUUCUCCUGCUCCACCCUUAUCUUCACCCUGUGCUGUAUCCACACCUGUGGUUCUCUCAUCACAGAUGUCUAAGACACUCUCAUUAAGAGAGGUACCCUCUUUAAGGCUAUCAAGAAAAAGACAGUAUUCAGGAAGUGCCAUCAGUGACUACAGCGAUGUCACAGACUACAUUGAUGUUGACUACAUACCAAAAAUCAACUCUGAUGAAUCGGAUGGUAGUUCUUCUGGACAUGACAUGGGUAAAAGUGCUUUGAUGCAUCCAAAAUCACUCAAAGAGGCUGGUAGUUCAUCUAAUCAAUUUAUGACGGCACCAUCACCAAAAAAGAUGAAAUGCCAAACUAAAGAGACAAACACCUUGUCUGGUGAUAAGACUUUUAUUCAGUCCAUGCCAUCACCAAAGCAGGAAUGCAAGACAUACAAGAAGAAGCAGUAUUGCCUUUAUUGCUCUAAGCCAUAUUCAAAAAUGGCAAGACAUCUUGAAUUUGUCCAUCGCAACGAAGUGGAGGUUGUAAAGGCAGUAGCAUAUCCAAAAAAUUCAAAAGAACGACGAGUCCAGUUAAACCACCUUAGAAAAAGGGGCAACUUUGCCCACAACACAGAUGUUGUGAGACAAGGACAUGGGGAGAUGAUUGCCUGUUACCGUCCAAAAAAAGGAAAAAGAGCCAAAGAAUUUAUUCACUGCAUUUACUGCCAAGGGCUUUACAACAAGAGUAGCCUUUGGAAACAUAUCAAAACCUGUCCUCUGAAACCUAAAGAUGAUGAAGCCCAGGGCAGGAAAAGAGUUCGAUCUCUGUGUGCUCUGAACACACCAGUUGGCUUAGAAGUAAGCACAGGUUUCAAGAAAGUACUAUCCUUUAUGAACUAUGAUGACGUUUCACGCGUAGUCCAUUCCGACAUAUGCAUCAUGCAGCUGGGGCAGCACAUGUUCAACAGGAUGGGGUCUGAUGUGACCAGACAUGACUACAUCAGGCAGAAGAUGAGAGAAGUUGGCAGACUUCUUCUUGAAGCAAGGAAGUUUACACCACUGAGAACAAUGGUAGACUUCAUCAUACCAGCAAACUUCAAACAUGUCAUAGCAGCUGUUAAAGUUGUAUCUGGCUACGAUGAAGAGAAAAACUUCUACCGUAUUCCUUCUUUAGCUCUCAAACUUGGGCAUUCUUUAAACAAGAUCUGUAGCAUUGUUGAGAGCAACGCCAUGAUGUAUGGAGAUCAUGACCGUGCUGAGUGUGCUCGAGACUUCAGGAAAAUACACCAGGCAAGGUGGAAUGAGUACAUUUCUGCUGGUGCUAUAACUACAUUGAAAGAAGCCAAGUGGAACACACCACAGAUCAUUCCUUUCACUCAGGACGUCAAAGUCCUACAUGCACAUCUUGACAAGAAACACAAUGAGCUCCUAAGUAAGCUCAGAACUUGCCCUUCUGCUGACAGCUAUGCUGCUCUAGCCAAAGUCACGCUGUCCCAGGUCAUCCUGUUCAACAGAAGAAGAGAAGGUGAGGUGUCCCGGAUGCUUUUGUCAGCUUUUAAAAGCAGGGAUUCUUCUGAGCUACACGAAGACAUCGCCAUCUGUCUGUCUGAGUUUGAGAGGAAGCUGUGCCUGCACUUCACCAGAGUUGAGAUCCGUGGUAAACGGGGGAGAAAGGUUCCUGUGCUCCUCAAGCCUUCGAUGGUUACUGCCAUGGAGCUGCUCGUUGAAACACGUGAGGUUUGUGGCGUUCCAGCAGAGAAUCCCUUUAUGUUUGCCAGAUGUGGAGCGAUGUCUGCCUACAGAGGAGGAGAGUGCAUCAACAAAGCUGCUUGUGAAUGUGGCAUAAAGAAUCCCGAAGCGCUGUCAUCAACCAGGCUCAGGAAACACAUAGCAACCAUGUCGAAAGUUCUGAACCUUGAUGAGAAUGAAGCAGACCAGCUGGCUGAUUUCCUUGGUCACGAUAUUAGAAUCCACAGACAGUAUUACCGGUUACCAGAGGGGACACUGCAGCUGGCAAAAAUGAGUAAAGUCCUAAUGGCCAUGGAGAAAGGAACACUGUCUGACUUCAAAGGAAAGAAACUUGACGACAUUGAAAUUGACCCAAAUGAGCAACUUGAGGCUCAAGGUGAUUCCAUGUCAAGUGAUGAGGAGGAUUACAGUGACGUAUCUCAGACAACCGCACCAGCAGAGACUGAUCCACCUGUUCAAUCUGAUCAAUCUGUUUCACAAGAGGAUCAAGGUUCUUCAAACGCUCCAAAAAAGAAAUGGGAGGACAAUGAGGUAAAAGCAGUAGAGAGACACAUGAUGAAGUUCAUCAAGACAUGCAAAGUUCCUGGUAAGCAAGACUGUGAAAGAUGCAUUCACGCAGAGCCAGAAGCUUUGAAGCAGCGAACAUGGACUGGUGUGAAAAAUUAUGUGCGGAACAGGAUCACGACUCUUAAAAGAAAGGGUGGUUUGUGAGGAGGCACAAACACAAAAACACUUCAGUGCCUUUUAUAACUUCUUUACUGUAAAAAAAUAAAUAUAUAAUAUAUAAAAAUACUGUAAAAAUAUAAUAUGAUGUGGAAAGUGUUAAAAGUAUUAUUUGACUUAUUUGUGUGAAGAGAGUGGCUCAACUAGCGACCAGCUCAUUGAAGGUGCUGUACAUUAACGUUGUUAGCAAAAGACUGUACUGCGAUGUUACAUAAACUAAUCAAAAAUAAUCUGUACCAUUUAUCCCAAGUAAAAUAAUCCCAUAUUAGCUCUUAUAAAUAUAUUUUACAUGCCAUCUUAACACUUUGCACAUCAUUCUCGUUUUGUAAUAAGUGGAGGAAAAUUAAAAGAAAUUAGGAUAAAGGUGUAGAAAUUAUUUUGAGGAUGGAAUGAAGCAGAAUAUCAAGAAAGUAAGGAGUAUAAGAACACUAAUGAAGACAGAAUAGUUCAUUUUCAAUGUUCUGUUUUCAUUGUUCAGUUACAAUGAAGUUCGAUGGAAUGUCACUAAAUUUUCUAUAUGUCAUAAAUAUAAAGGAUGAGGUAAAGGGGAUAAGGGGGAGGAGCGAAUGUAAAGGUUGUGAAAAGAGGGAGGAGCGAAUGUAAAGGUUGUGAAAAGAGGGAGGAGCGAAUGUAAAGGUUGUGAAAAGAGGGAGGAGCGAAUGUAAAGGGGAUGAAAAGAGGGA